GUUGUGCCGAUGAUGAUGACGCCGUUGCGCGUGCAAACAGGUCUUUGUUCGUCUUCGCAAGUUAUUUCGGGUGGACGUCGCGAUUGCCAAGUGUCGGACAGAUGUGAUAAGAUGAGACCGGGCACUAUCUUCGGAGGUGUUGUACUUCUGUGCCUGUCACACAUCGGUUGGGGCUUCAUCAAGGGUUGCGACACGGAGCAACGGUGUGUACAGCUCGCACUGUGCGGCCAGUAUCUCCACUACGUGAACGAGGCACCGAAGUAUUGGCCUCCAAGUGUACGGGAGGAAGCACUCCAGCAGCUGUGUGACGUGCAGCGGGGGGUGAAUGGUUCCAAGAUCUACUACAUAUGCUGCAAUCGGAAGGAAAUUCUGUGUGGCGUUACCCGAGUGCAGCUGAUCGCGUAUGGUCAGCAGGCUCGAGCGCAUGCCUUUCCCUGGAUGGCGUUGCUAGAAACGAGCGUCAGCGAUGAACUUCCUUGCGGUGGAAGUCUCAUCACCGAUCGCCACAUACUGACGGCAGCUCACUGCGUCAAGGCACGGAAAAUCGUUGGCGUACGUGUCGGGGUGCAUGAUCUCAACAGCGAUCGUAAAUGUGACGAUCGAAUUCAUUUUAGAGAUGACUACGAUGACAGCGAUGAGAGCACCGAAACGGGCGAGACCAGCGAUGCUGAGUACUCUGCCGGGUGUAGACCUCCGGCCCAGCGCAUUCCCAUCGACACGAUCGUGAUUCACCCGAAAUAUAGUCCACGCUCGAAGCGCAACGAUUUGGCGAUCAUCCGGCUGCAAUACCCCGCCAUCAUCGGGUACAGUGUUAUUCCAAUCUGUCUACCACUGACGGAGCAGCUACGCGCGUACCGACCGUCGGAUUCUUUCGUGACCGGCUGGGGACUAACGGAGUCCGGGGAACGAUCGUCCGUACUGCGGUAUGCCGUCUUACCGGCGAUCACUUUACCCGACUGUGCGAUGCGUAUCAAGGAGCUGGAUCGGGUAAUUGUACUGGACGAUGCGCAUCUGUGCGCUGGCGGGAACAAUAAGACGGCUCACUGUAAUGGAGACUCGGGAGGACCGCUGCAGUACGUGUCCGACUCGACGCGCUUCGUUCUGCAGGGUGUGGUUUCGUUUGGGGUGAAAACUUGCGGCACCAAGCUUGCACCGGGAGUGUUUGCAAACGUUACGCACUUUAUCGAAUGGAUCGUGCGGGAAGCCAAUGUAUUGGAUUAGGAAUGGAAGCAAUACAAAUGAAGAACGAUGCACUGACUGAGGAACAAAGUAUUGGCGAGAAUUGGUUCUUGGAUUUUGUUAUAGGAUACGGACAAAUUGCAUUGUCCGAUUCGCUCUAGUGGGGUUUAGGUAUGCUUAUAAUUUAAUUUACUUCAACAUUUUCUCAAUAUAAAGCUGAAAUAUGCAUUUCUAAUCAUGAAACAAA